UCGUUGUAAUUUGGGGUUUUCGAAUUUACAUUCAAAAAACUUCUUUGACUUCUCAUUACUCCGCUGGAAAAUACAAUCUCAUAGCUUUCUCUAAGAUGGCCGAUGAAGGGUUAACUCCUCACAGAAGAGACCCCAUCAAGUCUUCAGUUGGGAAUGUGGCGGCACAACGGAGAAGGCAAAAUGCUGUUACUGUGGGGAAAGAAAGAAGAGAAUCGUUGGUGCGUGCGAAGCGCCUGUGUAGAGUGGGGACUAGUGGUGAUAGUGAAGUAUCCGUUGAUAAUGAUAUGAUGGUUGAUGAAGAGCAAUCGAUUUUGGAGACACAAACUGCUGCGGCUGUGGAGGAGCUGAAGUCUGCUGUUGCUUAUCAGGGGAAAGGAGCAAUGCAUAAAAGGGUGGACGCCCUUCGUGAACUGAGGCGUAUAUUGUCAAGAUUUGAAUUCCCUCCUGUAGAAACUGCUCUUAAAGCAGGAGCAAUAUCCACCCUUGUGCAGUGUCUUUCAUUUGGAUCUCCAGAUGAACAGCUUCUUGAGGCAGCUUGGUGUCUUACAAACAUUGCAGCAGGAAAACAAGAGGAAACAAAGGCCUUGCUGCCUGCAUUACCAUUGCUUAUUGCUCACCUGGGAGAAAAGAGUUCCUUGCCGGUUGCUGAGCAGUGCGCAUGGGCAUUAGGAAAUGUUGCUGGUGAAGAAGAGGAGUUAAGAGAUGUUUUGCUUGCCCAAGGGGCCUUACCACCUUUGGCAAGAAUGAUGCUGCCAAAUAAGGGUUCAACUGUGAGAACAGCUGCUUGGGCAUUGUCAAAUCUAAUCAAGGGACCAGAUCCUAAAGCUGCAUCAGAACUCAUUAGAGUCAAUGGAGUACUGGAUGCAAUUCUUUGUCAUUUGAAAAAAGCGAAUGAGGAAUUGGCAACUGAAGUUGCAUGGGUAGUUGUGUAUCUGUCAGCCCUUUCAAAUGUUGCUACUAGUAUGCUGGUGAAGAGUGAUGUCCUUCCACAACUUGUAGAAAGAUUGGCUACAGCAAAUAGCUUGCAGUUACUCAUCCCAGUGCUGCGAAGCUUAGGUAAUCUUGUGGCUGGUGAUUCAAACACAAUUUGCGAUAUUCUUGUUCCUGGACGUGAAAUCACAGAUAAAGUUAUAGAGGUUCUAGUAAAAUGCUUGAAGAGUGAGCACAGGGUCUUGAAGAAGGAAGCAGCUUGGGUGCUAUCUAAUAUUGCUGCUGGUUCUGUAGAACACAAGCAAUUAAUAUGUUCCAGUGAGGCCCUGGCGUUGUUACUGCAUCUUCUUUCCACGUCACAAUCUGAUAUAAGAAAGGAAGUAGCAUAUGUUUUGGGUAACCUCUGUGUUUCCCCAACCGAAGGUGAUGGGAAGCCAAGAUUGAUUCAGGAACACUUGAUUUCCCUGGUCAGUAGGGGAUGCCUUCCUGGUUUCAUUGAUUUGGUUAGGUCUGCCGACAUUGAGGCUGCCAGACUAGGCCUUCAAUUCAUGGAGCUUGUUUUGAGAGGGAUGCCCAAUGGCGAGGGCCCAAAACUUGUAGAGCAGGAGGAUGGAAUCGAUGCUAUGGAAAGAUUUCAGUUCCAUGAAAAUGAAGACCUAAGAAACAUGGCAAAUGGUCUGGUUGAUAAAUACUUCGGGGAAGACUAUGGUCUCGAUGACUAGGCUGCAUGAUGCUAUGAUUAGCGACGUUUUCCUGUUCUGAUCCUCCCUCAUAUAACCUUGACCUUCUCUGACUAAUCUUCGGCAAUGAUUUAUGUAAUAUAAAGAUGGCUGUUGAGGAUCCAUUAACCAUCAUGAUUUGGGUUUGAUUAGUAGUGCCAAUGGAUGUUUGUAGUAUCUGUUCUUUAGUCUUUAGGCAGUGUUGUAUAAUAUGUUCUUACAGAACAUGUAAAUUAUGGAUUUAAUUUCGUUCAAAUGUGUGUGAUAUUUGAUUA